CGGCGGAAGCGGCGGGGGUUGUCCCGGUAACCCAACGCCGGGAAGGCUGCGGGGGCCGCGGCCAUGGGCGAGCUGGGCCCGGACGAUGGGGCCGGCAACACCUACAGCCUUCGGCCCGGCCUGCAGCACCGAUUUAAAUCAUCCUCAGUAAAAGAAUGCAUCCAUGCGAUACUGAAGGAGAAGCUGGCCAAUGUACAGUACGACCCAGAGGAAAUGCCCGAGCUUACAAAGUCCUUAUCAGAGACAAUAAAAGACAGACUGAAAGAGGAGGGAUUUGACAGGUACAAAAUGGUGGUGCAGGUUGUGAUUGGAGAACAGAGAGGAGAAGGAGUGAACAUGGCCGCGCGAUGUUUCUGGGACGCUGACACUGACAGCUGUGCUCACGACGUGUUCAUGAAUGACAGCCUGUUUUGUGUGGUAGCUGCAUUUGGCUGCUUCUACUAUUGAAGGUGGCAAACAUUGCACAGAGGGACAGAGUUGGAGGAGAAAGCUUUGCUUUGGGGUAUUUUUUGUUAAAGUGCACUAAAGCAUCAUGUUCUUCCUUUAGUACCUAAGAAAAUAACAGCUAUACAAAGCACGUCCUACACCUGGUUUACACACUACAACAUUCCUUCUUCCUUGUGGAUAUCAUAGAGCUUUAAGCACAAUAUUGUUAUGUCCUUUAUUUAAAUGGCCCUUUGUUUUUUAUGUAGUAUAUUGGUUUUGUCCUAAAAGUGUAUUGUUUCUAAGACAAACUAAACUUUUGUCUUGAAAGGGUUCUGUUACUUUCAUUUUUAUGAAAUUAAUUAAAUAUUUAUAAGAAAAGAAACAUAAUAAAUCUAUGUAUUUAA